UUUGUUGUAGUCAACAUUGUGCCACAAAUGCUGUCGAUUGAGCUUAACUUGUAUUGAACCCGGAAUACUCCUUUAAAAACAAAAGUGUUUACUAUAGAUAUGAUUUUAAAAGAUGAUCUGGAGAAAUCGAUUUUGUAAUCGGACACCACCUUUACAUUGUAGAUUAUAUACCAUGAGGAAAAGUCAAAUGAAAAGCAAAAGUGACUCAAGCGGUUGUCAAGGUAACGUUUGGUGUUAUGACGUGUUCUCUUUACUUUGUGGCAACGUCAAAUGUUUUCUGUUACAAAAUGGAUUAAAAGAGAAAGCCCCAAAGUAAGAAUUCAUCAACGUAAACUACUAGAGUCGUAAUAUGAAAUCUUCGAGAAACAGUGUGUAAGCAGUGAUUGUGAGCGACAUCAUGGACUGUACUGAACAAAACUCACAAGACGAAUCCCCGGAGACAUUCACAUGUCCGAAGAUCCUCAAAACAACAACUGACAUUUAUCAAGAUAUCAGAGAAGAGCUGAGACUUGACGAGAAAUCAGCAGAGUUCAGUGCUGAGUCCGUGGAGAAGACGGUGAGUCUGCUGAAAGAGAAAGCAGAAAGAGGCGACUCACAAGCCGCAUUCCUCCUAGGACAGUUAUACUAUGAAGAGGGUCGCUAUGCAGAAGCUGAGAUGAUCUUUGAUAGCAUUAGAGAUCAAGAUCCCAGAGCUCUAUAUCAACUGGCUGUCAUUUACUAUGAUGGCCUUGGAACCAAAGAAGACCUUAGCAAGGCAAUUGAGUACAUGAGAAAAGUUGCAUUGUGGGAUUCCCCUGAAGUGGGCUCUAUCAAAUACGCAGCACUGUAUAACCUGGGCAGGGCGUAUCUGGAGGGAUUUGGUGUCCAAACGUCCAGUACUGAGGCAGAGCGGCUGUGGCUUCUGGCAGCUGAUGAUGGAAACCCAAACGCAAGUGUGAAAGCUCAAUCCGCUCUGGGCAUGUUCUACUGCAGACCUGAAACUCUCAAUCUCAAAAAGGCAUUCCUUUGGCACUCCGAUGCCUGUGGAAAUGGUAGUCUGGAGUCUCAGGGUGCUCUGGGUGUGAUGUAUCUGUAUGGCCAUGGAGUGCAGAGGGAUCCAGAUGCUGCUCUGUUCUGUCUAAAGGAGGCAGCAGAGAGAGGAAACGUGUACGCACAAGGCCACCUGACAGCCUGUUACUACCAUAGGAAGCUGUACACAAGAUCAGCUGCCCUAGCGGAGAGAGUGUGCAAAUACAAGGACAUCAGUGCUUUAGCGCGACACACAGACUGUCUGGAGGAGUAUAUCAGGAAGGGUAUCAGCAUAGCCAUGUUCUACUACGCACACUGCCUUCAGAUGGGCCAAGGCGUCCUGCAGAACAGAAAGACAGCACGAAGAUACUUCAAACAGGCUGCAGAGUUAGAUCCAGUGAUGUGCAAGGAGCUGCAAAUGGACAUUGCAUUUAACAGGACGUAAACAAAAACAUCAAUCGUACAAUUUCUCUCAUUAGUAAAGUUCAUGCUGGAUACAGUCUGUGUUAAACUGAACUCACUAACAGGACACAAUAAGACUUUCAAUUAGGGUGAUGUGUCAUUACAAUCCCUGUCCUGACUUUGACGCUAAUGAAUAAAAGGUUUUUUUCAUUUAAUCAGAAAUGUAAUACAUGGGUAUGUGUUUGCAUCAUAAGAAAUUCAAACUUCACUUCCCUUUGGGAGAAUAUCACAAACGAACUAUAAUGAUGUGUCCAGAUCCUAUCGCCUCCCAAAAUCAGAAGGAAAAAAUAGA